AUGGUUUGGAAUUGUAGAGGUGCAACAAGCAGUGCUUUUUUCAGAUAUUGCAAGCAAUAUAUUGAUAAUUAUAAGCCUGGUGUUUUGGUCAUUGUAGAAACUAGAUGUAAUCCGUCUAUCCCUAUUAAAGCUUUGAGGAGGCUGGGUUAUGAUAGUAUGGAAAGUAUAGAUAAUACUGGUUAUGCUGGGGGGAUAGUGGUUGCUUGGAAGUCAAGUGAUAUUGGUCUUAGCCUGCAUAUGAAGACGACACAAUUUAUCCAUUUCAAAGUUGAGCUUGAGAAGGAAGAGUGGUACUUUACAGCUGUCUAUGCGAGCCCUAAUGAUAUUCAAAAGCAGCUUUUGUGGCAUGAGCUGCAGUACUUAGCUAGCAAUAUGAGUAAAGCUUGGAUGAUAGCCGGCGAUUUCAAUGAUAUUGCUUGUAGUUUGGAGAAAAAAGGGGGUCUGCCAGCUCCUCUUAGUAGAUGCAAGAAAUUUAGAGAUAGAAUUAUUGUGUGUAGUUUGAAUGAUGUAGAGUCGCGUGGACCUAGGUUUACGUGGCGGGGGCCAAUCUAUCAUGGUGGUCAACGUAUUUAUGAAAAGCUGGAUAGAGCCUUAAGUAAUGAUGCCUGGCGUUUUCAAUUUCUGGAAGCUUUUGUGAAGGUGUUGGUUCGUGUGGAAUUUUCGGAUCAUCAUCCUAUUCUCAUUAAUCUGAAAGAGGAGAAGUAUGAGUGCAUGCAAAAGCCGUUCAGAUUCGAGAACGCUUGGCUUCUGAAUGAUUCUUAUCAUGACAUGAUGCAGGACUCUUGGAGAGAAGAUAUUCCCUUUAAUGUUAACCUUAAUAAUGUUGUGGAAGGUAUUGAAAGAUGGAAGUUUGAUACCUUUGAUAAAAUCAAAAGAAGAAAGAAGGAGAUCACUAGAAGACUUGAGGGUACGCAGAGGAAGCUUCAGCUGCAGGAUAAUUACGGUGGUAUGAGAAGACUGGAAGUCAAGCUUCAAGAGGAGUUGAGUGGCAUCAAAGAUCAAGGACUAUGUGGGGUGUUGAUGGUGACCGCAACACGAAAUACUAUCAUAUGA